UAUAAAAUGAGAUGCAGCUUUGCUUCUGACAGUUCACAGGCAAGAGAAGGAGGAGAGACACCUUCCAGAAACAUCCGCCUAUCAACAGAGACCCAUCGACACUGGCUAAGGUAUCAGUUGCCAAGAUGCUGACCCUCUUGGCCCUGGUCAUCACAAUGACCGUCCAGGCAGGAGCACUUGACCUGCAGACUUCAUCUUUACUGCUGGGAGGUCUUCCUGUCAAUCAAGUAGCCACUGAGGCUUUCAGAAAAGCCCCUCUCGAUCUAACUGGAAGACUGCUCAGGAGUCCCCAGAGAACCCCUCCAUUCAGAAAACGUCAAGCUAGGACCCCAGGAGGCAGGUGUCUACCCGUGGCCAAGUACUUACUGUCCCAAAGCAAACUUGAAGAAUAUAUGAACACCACCCUGCCCCCAAAGAUCCAGAAGAAGCUGAUGUGUGAGAAGGUACUUCUGUCUGGUACAAUUGGAAAAGUGCUAUCCACGGUGACCAACUCCGACCUACUGUCUAUAUUAGAUGUCACUUCAGCCCUCAACUUACCUGGAGGUGAUGCUCUUGGUGGCAUCCUGGGCAAAGGAAGUGGUGGCCUGACCUCACAGCUCCCACUGCCAUCACUCUCAAAAGUCACUGACACCCUCAGUAUCGCAGGGGAUCUGGGCAGCCUACUACCCACUGGUGCAGAGAAGAAUCCUGCAAAAGGACUCGUCGACACCCUUGGUGUUGCAAAUCUCCCCCUGCCCCUGAAUGAUGUGGGCGAACAAGCCGGCAAGCUCACAGAAUCCACCCAGGACAUGCUGAACAGCGCACUGCCAGCAGGCAUUGGAGAUGCAGUCACAGGCAUGCUGGGAAGUAUUAACAUAGAAGACCUCUUGUUAGGAUUAAAUGUUCAAGCCGUGACUGUGGAAAACAUGACAUCAGCCAUGACAGGUGGUGGGAUCCUUGUCCAAGCCACAACUACUGCCAUCAUAGGUGGAAAAGGGACCAAAGCAGGAGAAUGA